GUUCAGGCCUUUCGGAGCUGACAUGGCGGUCUGUUAGCUGAUGUGGAUGCAGAGCUGGACAUGACGUGGGUAGCGAAAAGAGACACCUGGCGUAUUCACCACUCCCAAAAAGGAAACUGACCGGAGGAAGUAGGAACAUAAAGAGGCCGGCAGAAGCCGAGGCGCUGCGUGUGUACUGUAUUGAGUUCUCACAUCACUCCCAUGGCUUCUGAGAAAGACGCUGCUCUCGCGGCCGCCGCCGCUCCUGUCCCCUCCGAUUCUCCCACCAUAUUUGACAAGAUCAUCAACAAGGAAAUUCCUUCUAAUGUGGUUUACGAGGAUGAUAAGGUGCUAGCUUUCAGAGACAUAAAUCCUCAAGCUCCUACCCACAUUGUCAUCAUUCCAAAAGUAAAGGAUGGUUUGUCAGGCUUAUCUAAGGCAGAAGAGAGACAUUGUGAGAUCCUUGGGCGACUGAUGUACACUGCCAAGCUGGUCGCGAAGCAAGAAGGACUGGAUGAUGGCUUUAGGAUCGUCAUCAAUGAUGGACCCAAUGGAUGCCAGUCUGUCUAUCACAUUCACGUUCAUCUUCUCGGAGGGCGCCAAAUGAACUGGCCUCCUGGCUAAAGAUUGUAGUUCACGUACAGCUAUGCCACACGGCUAGUGGCUUGGUCUGAGGCUGUUUAGAGCUGACAGGGUACUGUAAUGGUCGGAUCUCUGGAAUAAUGGGUUCAUCUGCUACUGCAAUUGUUUCCCUUGCUGAAUGCUGCAUGAUGCGAGUUCCUUAAUGGCGACCAACUGAACACAACUGUACGGUUUUUAAAUCCCAGCAGCUUUGGUUGACGUUUACAUACAUCCACUGAUGUUUAAUAGAUUGGAGUAAAAUUAUAGAAUUUUGAUAGUUGAACUUAGAAUUAAAAGAACAAUGGUGAAUAAUAUGGUGACGAGCAAAGCCAGCUAGAGCUGAAAAGGACCAGAGGGUGGCAACCAGAACCCUUCGGCCUAAGCUUUCUUGGAUAUCUCCAAGAGAACUAUGUCCAAAGAGCACCAAAUUCGAAUAUACAGGCCACUCUUUCCUAUUUGAGCGAGAGUGCUCCUUGGGUCGCUUCAAGAGCAUCGUGGUCGAGAAGGAAGCACACUUCCAUCUCUCAGAAUGACAAACCUUGCACUAGCAACCACCAAUUCAAAUUAUUCAACGUGUUCCCAAAUUCUCAAGUUGGUAUCCUCAGAGAUCUAUUUCAGGCCUAGUGUGUUUAAAGUUAUCAAAGGAACCCGAUUUCGGAAAUGAAACUUUCUCAGAUCAGCUUUAACAUAUGGCAGUGCCUUUCGUUUAGCAGCAUAUUCAACGUGAUUGAAUCAUUGAAGAACUUCAAUGUGUUAAUUGAACGUCCACAACACUCUUAAAAUGACUUUUCUGUUCACCAUGCAAUGUAACAUAAACACAUCUCUUCAUUCUUUAGUUUCAACCCUGAAUAAGAGCCAAUUUCUCUG